AUGGAUGGCCAGGACGACUUUGCUGACAUCUCAUGGCAGUCACCACAGGCUUUUCCAGCAUCGCUUUCUCCAAACUUUGGAAUGUUGCAGCACUCUGUAGACGAAUCCUCGCCAAUUACGAAAGGUGACCAUGACCAGCAGCUUGGAAAUAAUGUGAAUUCAGUGGACCUUGCAGGAGUUGGCGAGGGCGUACUUGAGUGUAAUGUUUCGCAACCUAUCAAAGAGAAUGAUGGUACAAAGGACAGCUAUGUUUCUUAUCUCGUAACGACUAACACAACAUUCCAGUCAUUUCAGAAGCCAACUACUACAGUUCGUCGACGAUUUACAGACUUUGUUUUCCUGUACAAGACUCUCGCACGCGAAUAUCCAACAUGUGCUGUGCCUCCUGUUCCUGAAAAAAACAGCAUGGCCUACGUUCGGGGUGAUCGUUUUGGUCCUGAUUUCACAGAACGGCGCGCAAAGUCCUUAUCUCGUUUUCUACUCCGCCUUACACUGCAUCCAACACUACGGCGAAGCGCUCUAUUAAUCAUAUUUCUUGAAAGUAUAGACUGGAAUGCAACGAUGAAAAUUCGACCCCAACGCGGAAGUCUUGGAGGCAGCGAUGCUGGUGGAAGUGUAUUCGAUGGUCUGACUGACACUUUUAUCAAUGCUUUCGCUAAAGUUCACAAACCAGACAAAAGAUUUACUGAUGUGCGCGAGAAAUCCGACAAAAUGGAUGAAGACCUUAUACACAUCGAGAAAAUUGUAGCGAGGGUUUCACGGCGGGAAGGUGAUCUUGAGACUGACUUGAAAGAUCUUGCAGAUCAAUUUCAACAUCUCAUUAUAUUGGAGCCUGAAGUCAAAAUUGGCGGUGACGCGUUUGUGGAAGAGCUAGAAAAUACCUCUUUAGGGCUAGGCUCACUUCGGAAGGUAUGGGAUCAUGACUAUUUGGGCAGCUUGCGAGAUAUGUUGGCAUACUCCUCAUCUCUGAAGAAUCUCUUGAAGGCUCGAGAACAGAAGCAACUGGACUUUGAGCAACUAACGGAGUAUCUGAAUAAAAGCACCGGUGACCGCGAUGUAGUUGCUAAUCCCCAUGGCGGUGGUGGUCAUAUAGGAGCUAGCGGUUUUUUGGCCAGAAAGAUCGAGGAUGUAAGAGGCGUAGAUCACGAGCAGAGCCGAAAGGAGAGGCUGCGAAAGUUGGAACUACGUAUUCAAGCACUUGUUGGGGGUGUAGAAGAAGCAAAAAGGGUCACAGAAGCCUUUGACGAAGAGGUUGUUCGAGAGGUUGCAGAUUUUGAGAGAAUUAAACGGGUAGAGUUCAAAAUGCAACUUGGUAGACUCGCCGAUGCCAAUGUAGAAUUUUAUGGUGGGGUAAUUGAGAGGUGGGAGACCUACAUAAAAGCCAUGGAAGCAACUGGAGCAUCGAUUGCAUGA